CGGACGCGGUGACUGACGCACAGAUUCUGUUUAUUCAAGUUUAAAAAUAAAGUGCCGGUUCAAGAUUUACGAAACAACGUCAUCUUUAAGUAUAAGUGAACAUGGAAAUGUUUGAAGUUUUGAAGCUCAGUGCGACUGUGUCGUUACCGAUAUUAUUGUACUGGAUUUAUUGGAGGUGGAGACAUCGUCGGAUGCUGGAACUAGCGGCGUUAGUGCCUGGACCGCCCGCGUUACCUAUUUUAGGUAACGCUUUAAUGUUCAUGGCACAUCCAGAAGAACAACUGCUUAAAAUAGAAGAAUUAUUAAACAAUUAUGGGCAGUAUGUGAAGUUUUGGCUGGGCUCAGAUUUGAAUAUAUGUGUGAAAAACCCGGCAGAUAUAAAGUAUCUGCUGACAAGCAAUAAAGUAAAUCAGAAGGGGCCCCUUUACGACUUCAUGACAACUUUUAUUGGACGUGGAAUUCUGACAGGAGGACCGACAUGGCGCUUAUACAGAAAAAUAGCCACCCCAUCAUACAACAAGAAAUCCGUUAAAGUAUUCAGUGAAAUAUUCAAUCAAGAAGCGGCUUGUCUAUCUAAAGUCUUAAGUAACAAGGACCCAGAGAUGACGUUUGAUGUUUACUACGAUGUAGUCGUUUGCACCACUCAAUGUGUAUGCCAAACGCUGAUGGGUCUGUCGAAGGAAGAAUCAGAAAACAUUAAAAAUCUUGAUGAAGUCAUCGCUAAAACGCAAAGUAUGUAUUCGUUAAUAUUUUCAAAAAUGACCCAUUGGUGGCUACAAAUACCACUAAUUUACUGGCUCACGGGGAACAAGACAAAGGAGAAAUACUUUGUGAAGAUUGUCGAUGAAAUGACGUCGGAUAUCUUGCAAAAGAGACGUAGUGCUUUGCAACGCGAGACGGACACAGACGACGCUCUGGGAGUCGUUGAUAGAUUUAUCUUAAAUGGACUUCCUGACGAAGAAAUAAAGUUGGAAACUUUCAGCUUAUUUACGACGAGUCAAGAAGCAUCGGCGAAAAUAGCUUCCGCAGUUCUAUUAUUUUUGGCUUAUUUACCAGAAUGGCAGGGAAAAGUACACAAGGAAAUCAUUGAAGUCGUCGGUCCCCAUGACGAGCACAUCACAGAAGAACAAUUGAAGAAGCUCAAUAAUUUAGACAUGGUUUACAAAGAAGUGCUGCGGUAUAUGUCCAUUGGGGCUAUGAUACAGCGGACGGUUGAAGAGGAGAUCACCAUUAAUGAUGGUAAAAUUACUUUACCGGCUGGCACCUCUCUUGUCAUUCCAAUCCAUGAAUUACAUCGUGACGCUCGGUAUUGGGAUGAGCCUUAUAAAGUCAAACCAGAAAGAUUCCUGCCUGAAAACAUCAAGAACCGAGAUCCUAAUGCCUUCAUUCCAUUUAGUUUAGGGGCUAUGGAUUGCUUAGGGCGAAUAUAUGCAACAACAUUAAUCAAAACACUGAUUGUGAAGGUGAUAAGAAGAGUGCAACUAGAAGCAGAUGGACGUUUAGAAGAUCUGGAACUACACAUAGCUAUAUCUGUGAAAUUUGCAAACGGGUACAACUUGAGGGCCAGAAAACGAAGACCGAUUAAUGGAAUCACGUUACAACAUGGCUAAAAUGAUUAACACUGUAAAAUGUUUUGAAAAUAU